AUGCUGUCAACUGUUCGCUCUGCCAAAACAGGACUUCUUCAAAGGAGCAUUAAAGGCACCCUUCCGCUGCUUUGUCGCUAUAGCUCUCAUCAGAGCGAGCAUGGACACUCAGAGGAACACCACGACCAUGACGACCACCACGAGCUACCCCUCAGCGAGGAGGAGCCCAUUGUGAAUAGAUCGACACUCACCGGAGCAGCCGCUAUUGCACUUGGUUUUGGAUACUACUACGCUAAUGAGAGUUACAAGAAGAAGCACGAUGGCAAGUCGCUAGUCUCGAGCAUUCACUCACCCAACGUCUGGGGGCAGCUGGAGGAGAACUUUUUGGCCUACCGAGCACGGGUGGAAAAACAAAGGGACAUAACUGAGCUUCUGACAAUGCCGCAGAGAAGAGACCAUAGGGCUUCGUUCAUUGACAAUGACGGAAUUCCCGGUAGAUUUUUCAGCCAAAACGCAAAUUGCGAAUUCAAUGUGAUUCGGGAUUUUUCGGCGCUCCCUGAAAGAAGAAAGCCCAGCUAUGAGAACACGGGCAGCUAG